CGCUAGCUUGGAGCCAUGACUGCUGGGCCUGGCCCAGGCACCCACAGCCGUGUCCUGCAAAUGCUGAGCAUGUUCAGUUUCAAUGAAGUAAUGAAUGAAUUUCGCCGCACCACCCCCCAGGCCUACAACAGCAAACAGAGAGGCCUCGACCAAUCAGCAGGCAGUCCAGGUUUUCAAGUUGAGUUCAAACAGACCCACAGGAGGCCAAUCAGCGCGAGAGGCCCCGCCCCCAACUCUCAGCUUCAGCCAGUCAUGAGCCUUAACGAGCCAAAACACAGCGGCCGGCCAAUGCGGGAGAGCCCCACUGCGCUGAGCUCCGCCAAUGGGCGCGGCCCGGUGAAAAGAGAAACAGUGCGGCCCCUGGGCCGGCCGCAGGAUUCGAAUCGAACGUCGGUGCGGGAGCCGAGCGCUAGCGGAGCGGAGCGAGGGCCAAUCAGCGGCGGCGGCACGCGGCCCCGGAACGUUGGGACACCCCGGCCCCGCCCCGCGCUGUUGUUUGUGGUGGCGGCCGGUCGGGCGGCGGGAUCGGAACCACAACAUUCGCCGGGCGGCGGAGGCCGAGCCCCGGAUCCCCGCGGCCGGCGCUGCGGGGGCCUCGCGGCGCGCCAUGUCGGUGAACACGGACGAGCUGCGGCACCAGGUUAUGAUCAACCAGUUCGUGCUGGCCGCGGGCUGCGCGGCCGACCAGGCGAAGCAGCUGCUGCAGGCGGCGCACUGGCAGUUCGAGACCGCCCUGAGCACGUUUUUCCAGGAAACCAACAUUCCCAACAGUCACCACCACCACCAGAUGAAUGGUUCAUGCCCCAUAUGAAUCUGGCAAGAAUGUCGUUUGGCUUAUGAAGGAAUAAUGGUGCUGACUGCAGGGUGGAGGUAGCUGAGGCCUGACUCUUAGCAAGCCCAGGAAGGGUUCAUCUCUGGGGGACACCACCCCAGCAUCCAGCUGUGGAAUUUUCUGGCUCACUGAACCUGGGAGCCCUGUGCCUCUAUUCUGUCCUCAAAACAGCCUUGAGGUGUCUCCCUGCUGGCUGCCAGCACAGCCACGCUGGGGGGCCAGGAACAGGGCCUUACAGGAAGAGCCAGGACCUGGCGCUCCGUUUGGUUCUUCUUUCCCAAUCUCUGCACAUCCCAGUGGGGGGAUUGAAAUCCCCUUUGAAAGCUUCCCUCGGGGAUGGAGGCAGGUUUUGUAACAGACAUAAUCAUUGUAACUACCGUUGAUCACUACUGGGUGCUUCCUCAGAAUGGUGUCCCUGCUCCUAGAGUUGGCAGUUUCUUGGGACAAAAUAAAGGAAAAAGUUAAAUAAAAACACUGGAGUCGAGUCACUGCAAAAUAGCAAUAUGAGAAGUGACCCGAGGCAGGAGUAACUAAUAAAUGGUUGUUCUGUAGACUGCUGUGGGUUCCCAGUUGGGGGAGGCUUCCCAGAUGAUUAGAAAGGGUCUGAUCAGGAAGAGUGGCGUCUGCAGGGGCCGACAGAGGGGCAGUGCAGGGGUUGUAGGGUUCACUUGGCAGCAUGAGGAGGGUGCUGUGGAGAAUCUGGUGUAAGGCCCAGGUUUUACCGAAGUAGAGAAGAGCUCCACAGAGGCGCAGGAGCUUGCCCAGGCUCACCCAGGCAGGCGGGCACAGGCCCUGUCAGCCAGCAGGCUGGAGGUUGUUGGAGGAGGAGGCCAUGCUGGCUUGGUGAACUGGGGAAGUCAGUCACGAUGCUGUGAAGCAACUGGCCUCCCCCCCUCCAUUCAUUGUUUCCUGCUGCCCAGAAGUCAGCCCUGUUAAGGGGCAGGCAGUUAGAGGAGGAGGGGAAUGUCUGGGUGGGGCCAGGCCUCUGCUGAGUCCUUUGACCUCUGAGGGCCCCUGGGAAGAAAAUAGUCAGAGCUCCUUAGAAACUAAUGUGGCCCUGGCCUCAGUGAUUGACUGGGGGUCCCCCUCUCCAAAGAGCUCCUCCAAGGUCAAGUCCUAGAGUCUUGCGCACCCCAGCCCUGUGCCUGGGGGAGGGGCCGAGGUUGCUAAAAUUAGGAGAAAUUCAGAGAAGGGCUCCCAUGGCUUCCUGGGAGAGGAAGCAGCAGCUUUGUGGUGGGAACCAGCUUGUGUGGGUCUUGUUCUCUGGGCUGCCUGUUCUUGCCCCUCCUGUGGGGCCACCAGGGCAGAGAGAGAAGAGGCUCUGGUUGGGCGGUUUGGGCUGAGAGCUACUGCUGGCCUGUGGGGCCAAGGGCAGGCCGCAGCCUGGGCUGGAGGCUCCAGACAGGGAGCAGAAAUCCUGUAUACCAGGCCCAGAGCUGUCCUUGUCUCAGCGCAUGCACAGCGGGGCCUGGGAACAGGUUAAAAGCUUGGGUCUGUAGACUAGGAGCCUGGAAAUUCAAUCUUCUCUACUUUUAUUGGGCUGUUUGUUUUCAGUCAUGACUUGGCCUCUGAGCCUCAGUUUCCUCCUCUGUAACAUGGAAAGAGUACUUCAGGCCUCCUCUUGAGAAGUAAGAUGGUGGAGGCAAGAGCGUAAGGCCUGGUGGCUGUGAUGACCCCGACACCAGGGAAGUGCAGCUUUUCCUUGGCUGUGCAGGAGGGAGACCCUCUGAACACUCUGGCCCACACCCUGGGGACAUCAGAGGGCAGAUGAUGCUGGUUGGGGUCCUCAGCCAGCGGGGGGGUAUUGGCAGUGGUGUCCUACCCCGUAUCUUUUCAUUUUAAUGUGAUGCCAUAGCUUCAGAUGGGAACCAACCGUUUUGAUACACCUUGGCAUCAUUUCCUAGCAUCGUGUGACACUUUUUGGCUUUGGUGGGAGUUUAUCCUGAUUUUUUUGUUUUUAAAUCAUGAACAAGGGGGAUGUGUCUAUCCUAGUGAAGCCUCUGUGGGCUGAAAAAUGGGAGUAAACAGGCCCCAGGGCCCUGGCAGGCAGCCCUCCCCACGCCUGUGUUCUCUCC